GCGCGGCCCCCGUUCACGGAAAUAGAACGGCGUGCAGCGACGGUGUUUCCGCGCGCAGGCGCACAAAUCUCGGAUGUCACCCGGAGUAAAAAAUAGGAACCAAUUAAGAGCUAACCUGCCAACCGCUCGGAGCUCCCCCCCACCAGUCGCGGGACGGCGACCGUUCCUGAAUGGCCGUGCGGUGCUGUGCACGCCUCCUUUCCCGGAGCUUCCCGUCAUCGGUGGCUGAGAUUACAGCAGCCUCGUCAAGGUUUGCAGGGCGCGUGUGACCUAACCGCGCCUCCCGCUCCCUCCGCUCCCGGAACAUCGUGUCCUAUAUGCGGCCACAAUGACGGCCAAGCAUCGCAAGGGGAAGGGCAACCACAAGCACGAAGAGGACCACGUCAAAAGUGACAUCCCCGAAUCCGAAGUUCGAUCCGGAGGGAAUAGCCACGCGUUUGCGUUGUUUUUAUGCCUCGUCGUUGUAUUCGGCGGGGCCACCGGAACGUGGUUCUGCUACCAGCAGCACCUGACUAUGACCCACUUGACAGAGAGCCUGACGGGCAUGCAGAUGAAGGUGGUGAAGCUCCAGGCGUCACAGGAGACCGCGCGACAGACUAACGACAUGGUGCACUUUUCGACUGAUGUGGAAAGUCGACUCAAUGCUCUGGAAGAGUCGUAUGCGAUGGCCCAGAAACAGGUGGAUGGGGCCUUAGCUAGCACAGAGCACCUCAAAGCGUUGGACCUCCCGGCUCAGGUGCUUUCACUCCACACGGAGGUGAAAUCCCGCCUGGCUGAGAUCCAGCAGUCUGUCGCGUCCGCGGCGGACCUGACCCAGCUGCAGGCAAAACUUCAACGGGAGGCCGAGGAGCUCGAGGGGGUCAGGCUUCAGGUGGAAGGUCUCGUUACAUCUAGCGCUGAUCUGUCUAAGCAGGUCCAAGCCGCGAUGGGGCGCGUGGAAAAGGCAGAAGCCGUGCUGGAUGAUGUUGACUCCCUGAGGCACAUCCUGAAGAAGCAGACCGCACACCUGAUGGGCCUGCAGAUCGAGCUGAAGUCGUACCAGACCGAGAUGGCAGCAUUCAGAGAAUCGCUGGAGACUGAACGCUCGGCGCAGUUCCAGCAGGCCGACGUGGAGGAACAGAUCAGCGCGGUUCGAAUGAGUGUUCAGGAACAGAACUCCACGACCGGCAACCUUCACGCGGAACUCAGGGCUCAACUGGACAACCUACAAAAGCAGGUUUCACAGAUUGCAGGAGCUGGUAAAUCUGUACCCGAGCCCAUGCAGAAAGCUAAGGGAGAGCCAGCAACUGUUGUUGAGAAAGAAGAAGAAGCAGCAGAGAAGCGAAGCAACCUUGUAGCGGUGGAGUCUGGCACAGAUGAGCCGGUGGAGGAAGCUUCAGACGACAAGGCUUCUUCUACCGAGCACAUGGAACAAUCGCUUACCUCGCCGGAAACCGCAGAAACCCCCGGAACGGACGCAGAAGGCGAGGAGGUAAUUCUGAGUGAUAAAAAGCGGUUCGUGGAGGAGUUACCACUUGAUAAGGGUGAAGCCCACCCGGAGGAAGACGACUAUGAUGACGAUGAUGACAGAUCAGCUGAGCAAGAUGAGUCAGAAGAGGAGCUCGACAAUGACGAACUGUAGGACGAAUGCACCGGAAGACAACGUUUGUGAGGCAGGGAAGAACUCCUCCAAGUCUCCAGGGACAGUAUGACAAAUAGUGAGGCAUCAAGUGCUUGCUUUGCGUGCAGCGUACAGUACAACCGGUGACGCUGGCGCUCCGUCCGUGAAAGACGGCUCGUUCGUGAAUUCAGCCACUGAAGUCGGAUGACAAGAUAUCAGGUUUAUCUGUCGUUGACCUCACAAAACCUCCAGAGCCUUAUCCUGUAAACACUUUCUGUCUUUCCACUUCUUGCAAAAUUCGGGUUGUACGCUACACGACGGCAUGCAUUUUCUUGUUAACUUAAAAGCUGUAGGGACGCGGUUUGCAUCGUUUCCCUGUCUGCCUUAAUCCUGAACGUGUGUGAGGGGCGGAAAAAAAAAAAAAAGAAAGGAAUAAAGACUAAAAGGUCAGCUGUAGAGCUUGGAGAUUUUUAGAAAGAAAUGGCUGUCACGUAGCUUCAAAAAUGAAAUAUGUAUUGGGAGUUUUAGAGUUGUAGGUUUUUUUGGGGUUUUUUUUCCCCUCGGGGGGGACAGUUUGCAGUGAAACAACUGCCACAAAUUUAAAUAGGUGCUGAGAUUAAUUUAAGAUGCAUUUUUUAAAAAUGAUUCAUAUUUUUUCCAACAAAGUAAAACAAAUAAUUUUGUGCUUUAAGUUGAAAAUUAUGACGACAAUUUCCAGCAUUCAAAGAACCUCAACCUUGAGGUUCUCAAGGAAAAGAUACAUGUGUUGCUUGUAAUGUAUAGUUAUGCUUAACAAAAAUAAAAACAUAAUUCAUACUGCUCUUCAGACCAACUGAUAAAGUGCAGCGAGUUAACGUUACAUUCGGGUGAUUUCUUCUUUUCUGUGAUGAAGAACUUGUAGUCACCAUGUUAAGAACAACAAAAAAAAAAAAACUAAAGAUAAGACCACAGCAGAUUGAUGCGAGGUUUAGCUCGUCACCUUCUGCAUAACCAGCAUUAUAGAAUACAAAAAAAAUAAUAAUUCUCAAGGCAACAACUCACGCCCAAAUAGUGUAUGUAUGCCCCCUGAGCUUAGCAUCAAUUUGUCAUGUCACAUGACUAUCUGGGAGACAGGAAGUUUCAGAGGGAUGUGAGACAUUAAAUCAUUACAAGAACUAUGCAAUGCAGAAAAAUCUGGGUUUUUUUGGUAAACAUUUGGAAACAAUAUUGUGUAUUCAUGUUUCAAAGACAGGUUUACUGCACUCCAGUCCAGUAUUCCUUUUAAGAACUGCUGUAUAUUUUACCCAUUCAAAUAAACUCAAUAGUUC